AGCCGGUAGUCGUGAGUCGUGAGUGCAGGAGGUCCCCAAAAGCUAGCAGAAAAGCAGCCCGCAGAACACACGUUACCCGAGGAGAUCUUCAGAGGCUCGAGCCGCCAACGGAGAUCGCUCAGGAGUGCGCAUUUCUGAUUCCCAACUUUUCAACAGCUGUCAACAUGAGCGGGGACGCGGCGCCGAUAUACACUUCAGAGAAGAAUGGCAACGAUGAAACCGGCGAUGGAUCUCAGGAGAACCCUUUCAAAACGGUUCUGCAGGCGAUGCGAUCCGCGAAGCAAGAGCCGUUCCCUCCAAUAUUCGUCGAUGGAAAAAAGGAUGACGUCAAGUACGAGCCUAUCAGUUCUGCCCAACUGAAGAAAAUCAAGAAAGCCUGGACUCGUGAAGGUUUCAAGAACGCUGACAGGGAGAAACGUGAGGCUGAAGACGCCGAACGCCGCGAGAAGAACUUCGAGGAAGCCAAGAAGAUCACCAUCGAGGAAGACAAAUCAUUACCAGCGGCGAAGCAAGUUAAAAUCCGAGAGCUCCAAGGACAUAAGGACCGGAGAGUUCGAGUUUUCGGUUGGAUUCAUCAUCUGAGACGACAGAGCAAAGCGAUGUUCUUCAUCGUCCUUCGAGACGGUACCGGUUUCCUCCAAUGUGUGAUGAACGACAAGCUCUGCUUGACUCUGGACGCGUUGAAACUCACGACGGAGAGCACGAUACUGAUCACGGGAGUUGUGAAGGAUGUCCUCGCGGGCAAGACAGCGCCAGGAGGUAUCGAAUUGACCGCCGAUUACUGGGAGUUGGUCGGAGAUUCACCGGCGGGGGGCAUGGAUAAUGUUCUGAACGAGGAGAGCCAUGUCGAUGUUCUGCUCGACAACAGACAUCUCGCCCUCCGAGGAGAAACUCUCAGCAAGAUCAUGAGGGCACGCUCGUUCAUCAUGCAGUGUUUCCGCGACCACUUCUUCAGCAAAUAUUACGUCGAAGUCACUCCUCCCACCAUGAUCCAAUGCCAAGUGGAGGGCGGGUCGACCCUUUUCAAAUUCGAUUAUUUCGGCGAGGAAGCUUACCUCACCCAGAGCUCACAGCUUUAUCUCGAAACCAUGCUCCCUGUGUUAGGUGAUGUCUUCUGCGUCGCACAAUCCUACCGGGCAGAGCAAUCGAGAACGCGACGACAUCUCGCUGAGUACACCCACGUCGAAGCCGAGUUCGUGAAUAUUUCUUUUGACGACCUGCUCGACCGGAUUGAAGACAUGAUCGUAGACGUGUCGCAACGCGCCAUGGACUCACCAGCGGGUGAUAUUAUUCGGGAGAUCAACCCGAGCUUCGUCCCACCGAAGAAACCUUUCAGACGAAUGAAGUACACCGAAGCCAUCGAGUACUGUAGACAGAAUGCGAUCAUGAAGGAAGAUGGCACUCAGUUUGAGUUUGGCGACGAUAUUCCCGAGAUGCCAGAGAGGAAAAUGACCGACCAAAUCAACGAGCCGAUCAUGUUGAACAGAUUCCCCGCGGAAAUCAAGAGUUUCUACAUGCCGCGAGACGUUGAAGACAACAGGGUGACCGAGAGCGUCGACGUGCUCAUGCCUGGAGUAGGGGAAAUCGUCGGGGGAUCGAUGAGGAUUUGGAAAAUCGACGAGCUAAUGGCCGGCUUCAAACGGGAAAACAUCGACCCCGCUAACUAUGAUUGGUAUAUCGAUCAGCGUCGAUUCGGAACCUGCCCCCACGGAGGCUUCGGUCUCGGGUUUGAGCGCUUCCUGACUUGGAUGUUGGGUCGCCAUCACAUCCGGGACGUCGUGCUGUACCCUCGCUUCGUGGGAAGAUGCAAACCUUGAUCUUAUCGAAAUAAAUUAUGCGA